AUGGCUUUCUUUGCCACUAACUCUGUGCAGUGGCCUUCUUUGAGCAUCUCUUCAAGGUGUAUCUUCCAGGCUCGGCAAUUGACUGUCUCAUUCCCAUGCGUCCCAUGGAAUGCACAAUACUUUUUAGUGUCUCUCUUAUCAGGAUCCCUUUUUAGAGGUGCUAUGGAUCGACUUAGGUGCCAAGGUAUGAAACCAAUCUUGGGCUGCCCCUCUCAAAGUCAUAGCAAAUACCUUAUACAUCAGUGCUUCGUCGCUUUUGUGAAGUAUGAUGACACUCUUAAAGUGUUUAAGAUGGCUCUUGGGAUCGGAAUCCCCUUUGCAUUGGGUGAAGGUGGACAAAGUGAACCACCUUGGUGGAAUUGCUUUCUUGAUCUCGUCAGUGAAUGGGGAGUUCACUAG